AUGUCGAGCUCCCCCCUGAAGGAGCGCCGCUCGCCGGUGGGGCUGGACUGCUGCAGCUGCUGCCUGGAUCUGGCCAACGGCCCCCUCGGCUACAACAGCAACUUCACCCCCCUCCUCCAGCUGCGCGAGCAGUUGGCGUGCGAGAGCCUCGGUGCCGCGCCCGAGCUGAGGCGCCUCAUGCGGCAGGACUCCCUGGAACCGGUGGUGCGCGACCCCCGCUAUCUCCUCAGCCGCGGGAUCUGCAACCGGAACAUCGACCAGACGCUGCUCUCGAUCCUGCUCUUCUUCCACAGCGCGUCCGGGGCCAGCGUGGUCGCCAUCGACAACAAGAUCGAGCAAGCCAUGGAUCUGGUCAAGAACCACCUGAUGUACGCAGUGCGGGAGGAGGUGGAGGUACUCAAGGAGCAAAUCAAGGAGCUGGCUGAGAAGAACUGCCGCCUGGAGCGCGAGAACAGCUUGCUGAAGAACCUGGCCAGCCCUGAACAGCUGCAGAAAUUCCGCUCCCACCUGCUCCUGGAGGCCCCCGUGGCCGAGAAGAAGAGCCAAGGGGCAGCUGCCCCAGCCCAACACAGGGCGGGCUCUGCGGUGUAAGGUGGCUCUGUCCAUGGGGUGGGCAGAGCCACAGAACUGCUUCAACUUGAUCUCCAAGCUAACGUGGUUUACUCACAUCUCCUGUGGAGGAUUCCAUAGAGGGCCUGACGGAGGCCCUUCGCCUGUGACCCCUUCCUUGGGUCUGGCCACAGACUCUCCUGAGAAAAGGAGCAAGGCUGCAUUGGAGUUGCUAUGGGCACACGGCUGCUGCACCUGAAGGAGACCGGGUUUGCCUUUCCACGAGCACCCUGGAGAAGGGGCUGUGCUGAAGGGGGGGGGGGCAAAGACUGUUGGUUUAGAAGAAUCUGGUUGGAGGUUUUCUUCAAUCAGCUCAGAGAAAAGGCAGCCCCCACCACUCCUGGGAUAGGAACAGGAGCAGCUGGUCAGCUGGCAAGACUUUCCCCCCCCC